AAUGUGAAUCACGAUGGCGAUUGGCAAGGGCAAAUUAAGUUUGGAAUUGUAUCCUCUCAUACAUCUCGAUAAAUUGUGUCAAAAAAACACUCAUGCUUAUGUUGCCCGCCAGACACGGGCAUUGUGAAGAGUUCCUUGGCAGUCGGUGGGCAGCCAUUCGAUUUCUGCAGUCGUCUCGCGGGAUAGUCUGUAGCCGGUACUGUAAUGGCAGUAAUCCAUUUCCAAUUAAAUUUCUGGUUAACCUCAGCUCGACGUUUUGAUUGUUGUGUCUCUGCAACUCAAAACUUUCCUGGCAUCUCAUUCAUGAUUAAGAGUGGACAUGGUCCAUUUCAGCCAGAGAAAUUUAGAUGCCUUUCGGGAUUGGGUGUAGUGCCACUAUCUUUUUCGCACGAGUGUAGGAAUCAUGUAACAAGGGCUUCCGCGGAUGUGCCUGACUAUUUACCAGCAACAUGGGCUGACUCUCGUCAAAAAAGAGCUAUUGGUCCAAGACUUGAUCUUACUGCAGAAGAAACAGUGCAAUGCCAGCUUGGGGCACUUAAAUAUAACAAUGAGCCACAUCAAGACCAUGGGGUGGAAGUUAUGUACAGAUUUGCUGGUUUUGACCCUUUUGAGCGAUCUAAAUAUUUUGGUACAGCUUUUGAUCUUGGUCAGUUUGAAAGAUUUAGGCGCAUCUUUCACCAUUCUACUUACAGAGUCCUACUUUCUCACAAGGCAAGCAAGAUCUUAAGCAGCUUAACACUUUUCAUCAAACAGAACUGUUUCAAGCAAAGGGUUUGGAUAAAAGGAUCACGACCAGAUGAGGAAGAAAUAUUUGAGUUUACCAUGGUUCAGAGGGUUGGUGGUUAUUGGGAUGGCUAUUGGCUAACUGAAAGUCUACGUCAUGAUGGGGAAGGUGUUCCAAGAGGUAUUCCUUACUGAAAAUGAAGCCCGAGGCUUUAUUAGUGGUAAACACUUUAGGCUUCAUCCUUCAAAACUCUGUAAACUAAGCUGUAUUUCCUAUGGUUUAUUGAACAUUAGAAAUUGCUUAACCUAUGAGAAACUGUACAUAAGAAUGCUAAAACAGCAAGUAUUGUUCAUACAGUGUUGUACGGGUUAAAGUUAUUGUACAUAUUUUGUUUGCUAAGAAUUAAAUUUAUCAUUGAACAUUAGAAAUUGCUUAA